AUUUUGACUCCACGGAGACAAUAGAGAGGAAGCUGCGGAGAAGCCGGAAGGAGCUCCCAUAGCUCAGGUAGAGGAAAGGCGAUAAAUUGGGCGAUUUACUGUCUUUAUAUGGCUGCCUCGUGUAACAGUGACAUUAUUACUAUUAUUAUUAUAAUACGGGGGGGGGAAACCGUGAGAAAUACUGCCCUUUCAGCCAAGGCUCCCAAUAGGGAAACACCUACCUAUCAGCCUACCUUAUCAGGAGCACACAAGCUGCUCUGACAGUGACCUCAUAGACAGCCACACAACCUGCCUGGAAUCCCAUUACUGCUAGUUAGCUGAUAGCACCCAUCAUGCCAUCAUAUUAUCAUAUUAUCAUGUGGGCAGCUGCUGUCAGUGUAAUGUGUGUCAGUGGGGCCCUAGAUUGGGGGCAGGGCUACAUUUUAACAAGGGUCCCAUGUAAGAAAUGUUAAAUUUUAUUAUUUAUUAUUGUGGGGUAUGGAUCAUUGUAUACCUUUUAGGGAGAGGGAAUUAUUUGCCUCCUGUUAGUCAUUUAUUUUUUUUUCUAACUAUUUUAACAGGGAAGAAAAACUUGGAAAACUAUAUUUUCUUUACUUAAAAAAAAAAAAGGAAAAUGGAUUGUAGCCACAAUGUAUUCAAUUCAUUUUUCUGUUUUGAGGAAAUGUGUUAAACUGCAGUAAUAUAGCAAGGCUGUUCACUAAAUUCUUCAAUUUCACAAAGUUAAUCCUUGUGGGAGAAAAAAAACAGGCAAAAAAUAGCUGAUUUUAGGCAUAGUUACAACUUGGCUAUUUUUUUAAAAAAUUUUUGGCUUCGUUUGGCCAUGCAAUUUUAACCGCCCGUGUAUAUGUAUUUCUGUGUGAAUAAAUCAUCAUUCAUAUGUCAUCUGUUAAGUUUUGCAAUGUUAUGUUAUUGUAUGUAAUGGUUAUAUAAUCAAUGAAGGCUGUUAUACAAGGGGGUUAUGCUUUUCUUGAUGCCUGUGCAGUUCUGGUUACAUAAUAUUUAUUUGGUGACUAUAUUUGGAAAUUGGUUUAGAUAGCCACUUGGCUCCAUCUUACCUUUAGUGUCAGAUCUGUGAUGUAUGAUAGAGCAAAAGUCCACAGCCCUAGGUGAUAACUGCCUGUACUAUCCAUGUAGCCAGCCAUGUGUAUCCCAGUCUGUGCCAAGCCCUAAUUAAAUUAUAUUUAAGAAUUACCUGUUCUAACCUUCUCUUUUGCCUGGAAUCAUUACCCCCUAAAUAAUUUCUGGAGUGACAGACAAGCUUGGCUUAAUUUUAUGAUGAAUAUCUCAUUGCUAAUGUACCAUUUUUUUGUCAUGUAACACUGACAGUUUGACACAGGUGAUCUGUCCUGCACAGCUAACAUUCCAACAUAGGUGAAGCAGGGUAAGCUAGGAAGAGAAUAGCUCGAUAAGAGUCUACUCCAAAUAAAGGAAAAAUACCUCUAUCCUGGAUAAAGGAAAAAUGGUCUCUAUUUAAAUUUCACAUCACAUCUGGGACAUGUAAGGGGGAGCAUAAGAUCAACGCUAACACGUUUUGUGUCAUUAUUGGCCCUUCAUCACAUAAAGUCCCCACUGUGAUGUGAAAUUUGAAUGAGGGCCAUUUUUCUUUAUCCAUGGGGGUUGAGAUGUCAUUUAUUUAUUUUUUCUUAUGAAAUAUCUAGGAAGGAACAUAAAGACCUAGGGUUUGAACAAAGGUGUUUUUCAUUUUGUGACAGAUUUGUAUACUUUUCUGGGUAGAUUGAUCUGUCGUCAUUCCUUGCUAAUGCUAUCUCUAAAUAAAUCUUGGAAAAGCAGGCAAGCAUUGUUCAAUUUAACAAGUCAGAUCCAUUUUCUAGGGUCCAAUGGCUUGACAAAAAUAAAACAUGCCUUUAAGUGUAGGUGCGUUGUGGAAGUUUUAACUUUGUGUCAAGAAACAUCCUUGCAGUGCAAGUACUGCUUCGCUGGUGACCUCCAUCACACUGCUAGAUUAUAACAAUGAAUCUGAUUCUGUAAAGGAAGAGCUUAAUAAAUGAGACAAAAAAAUUGUCUGUGUUUAACAUCUAUCCCAUUUAAUCCUGCCUCCUGUUUAGGUUAUUUUUUUUUUUUUUUCUAUUAGUGUUUAAUUUCUUUCAUAAAAAGCUAUUGUUAUUGAUUUGUAAAUAUAUAGCAGGUAGUGAAACGCAAUUAACAAUAACCACCAAAUAAUUUGUAUUUUUUGUUUUUGGUCAUUUAAAAAAUUAUGUAUUUUUAAUUUACAGCAUAUGCACCAUGUAUGGGGGAAAACAUGUUAUAUGCCAUGUACUGUGGACCAUGUUGAAACUGCAUAAAUAAUUAUUUAAUUUUAGGUCUGCAAAUCAUGUCCUUUAGUGCUCAGGGUAUCUAUCACAUGCUGAAAAUAUGUGGGAGAGCUGCAGCUUCCUGAACAUAAUCUGUGCAGUCUAUAAGAAGAUUGAAAUACUCACUCCCCCAAUUGUUUUUUUGUUUUUAAAUAUAACCAAAUUGCUUAAGUUUUGUAUUCUGGGGAAUGAUAUUUUAAGCACUGUAGCGCAAAUGUAAAUGAGGACUGUUUGCCCAUGGCAAUAAUGACAAUAAUCCAAAGUUUAAUAACAAGCAGAAAAACUAAAUAUACUCUUAAUGAAAAACUCUGCAUACACCACCGUAAUGCAUAUAAUAAAAGGCAUGAAGAGAGAGAGGUUUAUGGUUUUUGUGUAUAUAUUUUUUUUUUUUUUCCCUCUGCUUUUCAAUUAUCUGCCUACCAUUGAAGCAACACAUGGUAUUCAAAUGAUCAGAGUUGAAUUCAGCCUACAGAAAUGCUCCCACGCAGAGUAACUAGUAAGGAUCUGGAAUAUUACUGCCAGAGUGCACACAUUGGACUUCUUGACCCUCUAUUAAAUAUUUGAAAUAAUACAGGUACCAGCCCUUCUUAGAUCACACACCAUGUUCAGUUUUUCCUUGCUAAUGGAUAAUAGGGCAAAACUAUCUGUCCUUUGAGACUGUCUGCUGGAUGACCCUACAGACAGUGUGCUGGGUGAUAUGUCCUGUAUAUCAGCAUGAGCUUUUCCUUUUGGGCAAAUUGAUUUCUAGAGUGGUGCUUCACUUACCUCAAACUGGCUUUAUUUGGGAAGAGCAACAGAGGACACAGCCAGCCUUCUGCUAUUACACUAAGCCAGCCAUUCCCAAUUUGUGUUCAGAGGGACCCUAGGGUUCCGCUAAAAUUUCUAAAAACAAAAUGGCCACAGGCAGCGAGGGAGCAAUGAUCUCUCAUCUCCCUCGCUCGCACAGCAGUGAUGCCGGAGCUAGAAUAUGACGUUGCUCAGGCAUCACUAAGAGGCGCGUGAGGGAUCUGAGUAGGAAGAUCACUGCUCCCUCGCCGCUCAGCCCAGCAGCCCCCCUGGGCCACAGGGACACAGACUCUAUGCCAGUACUCCGAAAGGUAGGGAGGCUGAGUGGAGUAGUAAAAAAAAAAAAUUGUAUGUGUUUUUUUUUUAGGUAGUUUGUGUGUCUGUCAAAGAGUAUAUGUGCUUGUCAGUGAGUGUAUGUGUGCUUGCGCCAGUGUGUGUGUGUGUGUAUGUAUAUAUGUAUAUAUGUGUGUAUAUAUAUAUAUAUAUAUAUAUAUAUAUAUAUGUGUGUGUGGGGAUACACACACACACUUUAACACAUAGAUACACUGUGUGUAUCUGUGCCAGUGUGUGCGUGUAUUUGUGUUGUCAGAUUCAUGCACACUGGCACAUACAAACACCUUGAGAGAGAGAGAGAGAGAGAGAGAGAGAGAGAGAGAGAGAUAUAUAUAUACACACCCCCACCCACCUAAAAAAACAAACAAUUUUUUGGUACACUAUGUCAAAGGGUUCUACGGGAAAAAUUAACUGGGAACUCUAAUUACUACAGGCCAAAUGCAAGGUACAUAACCUUUUUAUAUAACCUCUAAAACAGGGAUAGCCAAAAGAGAUCUUAAUUUCUUGUGGAAUUAAUAAAAUAUAUUUGUACAAGGAUGUUGUUUUCAGUCUGAUGGAAAAAUUAAGAGUGAGGGCUCAAAAUUAAAGGACCACUAUAGUGCCAGGAAAACAAACUUGUUUUCCUGGCACUAUAGGGUCACUAGGUUCCCCCCCUCAAGCUGGGCUGAAGGGGUUAAAACCCCUUCAGCCACUUACCUUUCUACAGUGCUGGGCUCUCUCGGCGCUGGGGAACUCUCCUCCCUCUGCCGACGUCAGCUCUGCAUGCGCGGCAAGAGCCAUGCACACAUUCAAACAGUCCAUAGGAAAGCAUUUUUCAAUACUUUCCUAUGGAUAUCCAGUGUCAUCUCACUGUGAUUUUCACUGAGACAGCCACUAGAGGCUGGAUUAACCCCAGUGUAAACAUAGCAGUUUCUCUGAAACUAUGUUUACAGCUGCAGGGUUAACACUAGAUGGACCUGGCACCCAGACCACUUCAUUGAGCUGAAGGGUCUAGGUGCCUAUAGGGUCCUUUAAUAUAGUGGUUGUGAUGUGUAUAGCAUGUCUCUGCAGGCUUUUCAAUGUACAACCUGUCAUUUCAGAGACAAGGCAGUGUUUACAUUGCUGUCUAAUAACUCCUCUAGUUGCACUCAUUUAGACAAAAUUAAAUGGAUCUGUAUGAGAAGAUGCUGAUUGGGACAGCUUUUUUCCCACACAUGCACAACGGGAAAGCAUUGGAUUGGCUGAGAUUAUUAAAAUUGAUAGUCUGGGCCCGCCGUGGCGAGAAUGACGCGGCGAUGAAGAAAAGGUAAAUAAACUACCUUAUAAUCUACACGGAGAAGGAGACGGUCACAUACAUAUUUAAUCCAGCACUAUAGUAUUAGGAAUACCAACAUGUAUUCCUAACACUAUAGUGUUCCUUUAAGGCCAGAGUAGCUGAGCCUAAAGUAUAGCUGGCUAAGUGAAUGUUUCCAGUUCGCUCUUUUACCUUAAAUUUGAAAUUCACCUUGAAAUUUCACUGAUUACCCUUGAUAGUUACCUUGGUAAAUACCUCUGAUAAGCUAGUUGUCUAUAAAUGUUCUCAUGAUAAGUAAAUCUAAGAAACUAAUUGGUAUUGCUGAGUUAUGUUCCUUUGUUGAUUAGUCUGCUUGUACCUUGUGGGAAUUUAUUUUUCAAUAUCUGGAAUGUCAAGGUUAAUGUUCACUGUGUUAGGAGCUCCAAAAACGUUCUUUGAACAGGGAUAUUGAAAGUAAAAUGCAGUGAUGUAGAAGUGGAAUCUAUAUUUGGAGAGAAGUCACAGCUUGGGGGUUUGUGUCAUUAGUUCUCACAGCCUAUGUCAGCUGUAGACACUGUCUUGAUUUCACUUCUGAUACUGUCGACUGACUAGUAAAUGUCCAUUCCAAACUUAAGCAUUACGGAGAAUAUCCUGUACGUUGUCAUAAUUCAUAUAUGAUCCAUGUGGCUCAGGUUUAUCCACUACACUCGGCAUUGUAGAAAAUUUAAAUUUGAAUGGAAAAUUCAAGCCAAGAUAGCAAGUCGUGACUAUAAAUGAGUUGGUGAAUUUCUCUAGAUUAGCCAUGUUUGCAAAGAUGUUUUCUUUGGGAUUUCAAUUUAAUAAAUUUCAGAGUUUAAAGGGGCACUAUAGUCACCAGAACAACUACAGCUUAAUGUAGUUGUUCUGGUGAGUAUAAUCAUUACCUUCAGGUAUUUUCAUGCAAACACUGCCUUUUCAGAGAAAAGGCAGUGUUUACAUUGCUCCUAGGGAAACCUCCAAGUGGCCACUACUCAGAUGGCCACUGGAGGUGCUUCCUGGCUCAGUGCUGCACAGUAGGCGGCACUGCUGUUCAGUGUCCCCAUGUGGGGACGCUGAAUUUUCCUUAUAGAGAUGCAUUGAAUCAAUGCAUCUCUAUGAGGAGGUGCUAAUUGGCCAGUGUUCCUUUAAAUAUCUCUGAUAGAAUGCAACCAAAGAGACUUCUGGAUAAUAUAAUAUUGUUCUGCGCUUUUCACAAAAAUAGUCUCCUGUGCAUUCUAAAUAUAUAUCUAUAUUAAAGGAGUACUAUAGUGUCAGGAACACAAACAUGUAUUCCUGACACUAUAGUUCUAAAACCACGCAGGGCUCCUCGCUUCUGGCCCUGCCACCGAUCCACCUCUUUAGCUGACAGAAUUAUAAUUUAGCCAAUCACAAUGCUUUCCCAUAGGAAUUCUGAUUCUCAGCCAAGGAGGUGGGGGCGGAGCCAUCUCCUCAUCAAUGUAUCCCUGUGGGAAAUGUUUAGCGUCUCCAUGGAGAGCAUAAAGUCGCUGAACACCAGUGCUGCACAGAUUCAGAAAGCAUCUCUAGUUCUCUGAAAAGGCAGUGUUCACAUUACAAAGCCUGUAGUGUUAAUAUUCCAGCAAAAGCAUUUUUACCAAGUGCUGUGUAAAUCUCUCCCUCUAGCCUUUUAAAUUGCUUGUCCUCUUUGAAUCUCUUGUGUGACUUCCCAUGACACAUCACAUAUGUUACCAGAAUUUUUCCUACUUGUAGUUGUCUCCUCUUAGCAUAUGGCUGGGAUGUAAGGGGGGAUGCUAUCUCUAGACCCAGCUGUGUCACACAAUCCACCAUGUCAAAUCAUUGUCUCUAGCACUUUACAAAUGUCUACAUCCAUAACUGUCUAUACUGUCCCCACUCAAUUACUGACAUAGAUUACAAUCCUUCAUGCUUUCACUUCAUUUCAAAUAUCAUUAAAGAGACACUAUAGGCACCCAGACUACUCACCUAAUUGAAGUGGUCUGGGUAUAGUGUCCCUAUUCGCUUAGUGCUGUAUUGUUACACAUUGCAGUUCCAGAGAAACUACAGUGUUUACAUUGCAGCACUGAGUCUGCUUCCUGCAUCCAAACGGACCUUUGAUCCGGUAUCUGAAGUUUGACAUCCUCACGCUCUGCAUGAUUUUUUCCCCAUAGGAAAGCCUUGAUUCAAUGCUUUUCUAUGGGGAGUGUAAUGUGCGCACAGCAUUUGCUGCAAAUGCGCAUUAGUGCCCACUCGUCACAGGGCGGUGUAGGAGGCGGAGCCGCGACCCAGUACUGAGGGAUAUCAGCGCUGGGGUAAGGUAAGUAAAUACAGGGUUUUAAACCUUAUAUUCACCUGCGGGGCUUGUAUUUAUGGCACUUAAAGUAUCCCUUUAACAUUGAUAAUCUUUGUUUGGUUUUAAAGGAUCAUUAUAGGGUCAGCGACACAAACCUAUAUUCCUGACCCUAUAGUGCUAAGCCCAACAUUUAGGUGGCUUAGCCCCUCUAUAAAAGUUUAAAACUCACCUUAUUGGUGCUGGCUCUGCCCCCUUUGUGACAUCAUCAAAAUGGCAGAUUUUUAGCCAAUCCAAUGCUUUCCUAUAAGUGCAUCUCUAUGAGGAAAGUUCAGCGUCUCCAUGCAGAGCGUGGGGACGCUGAACGGCAAGGCUUCUUAUCUAAGGAGUGGCCACUGGAGGUGUCCCUAGGAGCAAUGUAAACACUGCCUUUUUUCUGAAAUGGCAGUGUUUACAUGAAAAUGCCUGAAGGGAGGUAUUAUACUCACCAGAACAACUACAUUAAGCUGCAGUUGUUCUGGUGACUAUAGUGUCCCUUUAACAAUUUUGAGCCAGGAGCCUAUAUUACUAUGAUCUGUUAUAGAUUUAAAGGUAGACUAUAGUCGCCAGAACUACAGCCCUGGUGUCUGUCUGUCCCUUUAGGCAUUUUAAUGUAAACCCUGCCUUUUUAGUAGGUAAGUAUAUCUCGCCUCCGCUGCAUCCCCAGAGCCACUGCACACCAAGAAGCAUUGUCACUAUCAGGGGUCUUUGCAAAAUGUGAAAAGUAAGCAGAAAGUUACGGAGGCACUUGAAUUGUGUGCUUUCAUUCUUAGCAACAACAAAAAAACAACCUCUAUAUUGCAUUUCUUUGCUAUCAGCAUAGGUGAGGUAAUGUUAAAACUGUAUAACAAUUCUAUUUGUGACAGCUCUCAUGCUUGGCCAUGGAGUAACAUGAAACCAGUAAUUGCCAAGCCUUGAAACUUAAAUAUAGCUGCCUUGCAGCUUCAAUGUCAGUUGCACAGAAGAGACACCAUGCAAAUGUUAAUGUUUUCGUGUAAAGUAGUCUGAUUUCAUCCAAAUGCUAAAUAAGAAGUUUGCUAUUAUACAUUUUUAUGAAAAUUUUACUCUGGGCAUAAACAGGGCAAGAUGGCCAACUUUGGGUAAGUAUUGGUAAAUUACUUCUCCUGUGAUACGUAGCCUCCUGUUACCUUGUAGAAAUGUUUGUCAAUAUCUGGAAUACUGAGAUUAGCUAUCACUGCAUUCGAAGACCUAAAAAUCACACAAUUUUUAUUUCUUUUUAUUCACAUUUUUUAUAAGGACUUGCUAUUAUAUUCAAUUUCUUGCAAAGAGUUUAAAGCACCACUAUAGUGCCAGGAAAACAUACUCGUUUUCCUGGCACUAUAGUGCCCUGAGGGUGCACCCACCCUCAGGGUCCCCCUCCCACUGGGCUCUAGUUGGAGGAAGGGGUUAAACUUACCUCUUUCUCCAGCACCGGGCGGGGGACUCUCCUCCUCCUCCUCGGCUGAAUGCGCAUGCUCUGAAACUGCUAUGUUUAUAGAAAAAAGGAUUAAACCUAUCUGGACCAGGCACCCAGACCACUUUAUUAAGCUGAAGUGAUCUGGGUGCCUAUAGUGGUCCUUUAAUAUACAGACAAUAUAUUGGCAUCUGUACUAACAAAGAUCCUAUAUUCUGGUAAUACAUUUUGCUAGACUAUAUCUUUGAUAUAAAUGCUGUGUGCGGUUGCUGAUUAAUUUUGUUUAUUCCAAAUAAAAAGUCAGUGGCUUCAUUUUAUGUUUAAUUUUAUCGUGCAACAAAUAAGUUGUUGAUUGAUAAUUUGACUAUUAAAGGGUUUAAUAAAAAAUAUAUAUAUAUAUAUAUCUAUCAUAAGAAUAAUGUUUUUUUUUUUCUUCUUCUUUAAAGUGUGCCUGUCAAUUAAAGGAAUACUAUAGCCUUGGAAAUGCAAAUGUUUAUUCCUAACAUCCCCUCCCGUAAGGUUUAAAAGGUAUUUUUAUUUAACUUUUAACCUAAUUACAAGUAUUGAUGGUCUCAUGCAAUCCAGUGUUUUACCACAGGAAAGCAUUGGGAGGCUAGUGCCCAUGCACUGCAAAAUGCUGUGCUAAUCAGAUGUUCUGUAUGAGACCAUUUGAUCGAAAUAGCAGCAUUUCAGAACCUGGUUGUACUCGGUCAAUGCUGUGGAAUCGCCUCUAGUGGUUGAAUACUGACAGCCAUUAGAGUUGGGCGUAACCUUAUAUUGUGCACAUUGUAACUUAUCAGAAAUGACAAUGUUUUACAUUGCAGUGUCAAAAUGAGAGGGACACUGCUCCCAGACACUUCAUUGACAGGAAGUGUUCUUGGGGCUAAUAGUGUCCCUUUAAAUUAAAGGAACACUAUAGUUACCCAGACCACUUCAUCUCAUCAUGCAACUGAAAUGGUACAACUGCAGAAUGAAAAAUCCAGAAUUAAAAUUCCGCAGAUGCAAAGUAUUGCAAAUCUGCAACUAUUCGUUUUAGAAAACUAUAAAAUAAUUGCUGUAUGGUGUGUGUGUGUGUAUGUCUAUAUAUAAUAUGUAUGUAUAUAUUUUUUUUAAAACCCAUAAAGAUUUGGGAAAUAUACAACAUGCAGAGUUCAAGCGGGUGCUGCAAUGCAGAGUUACAGCUUUGCAUGUGUCAUGUAAACAGAUCUAAAAUACUAGAGUCCUGUCUCUGUGCAGGUGUCUGCUGCAGAUUCAGAAAGCUUACAUCCACUGCAUGAACUAGGAGUUUUUGCUUAUCCAAAGUGGAAUAAAAAGGUGGCUAGGAUACUGGACAUGUUACAUAAUAUUUACAUAACAUUACAUACAUCGGGACAGCACUGCAUCAUAACCACUGCAGUAACUAAGGAGAUUUUGGUAUUUGAAAGUGCCUGUUAAAGCUCCAGAAUAUGGUUCAUAAUGUGAUUACAUCAUACAAUCUUCGUGAGAUGGAUAUAUAGCUAAGUGACUCAGAUUGAAGCAGAAAAUAAGUAAUUGAACAAUUAUGGGAAAGAGAGAGGGGUAUGGGAAAUGGAAACUCCAGGGGAUAGAGAAUUAUUUAGAGGACUUCAGCUAUGUGGAACGCAAGGGAGGAAUGGGAGGAAAUUGUCACCAAAGCAGAUAACUGUGUGACCACUGCCUUGUAGGAGAAUUGUGGAUGGAUUGGAGGAAACACCCAGACCCAGAGGAAUAUGCGACUACUGUCAUUUGGGAAAUCUCACGGAGAGAAGGUGUGUGUGUGUGUGUGUGUGUGUGUGUGUGUGUCUGUCCGUCUGUCCGACCGUCCUAUGCCAUACAGGUGAGGCCUAUGAAAAAUCUGCCAGUCUGAAAUGAUGGAGGCAAUAAAGAGAUGAUAGUUUUGAAUGAGUGAUGUUACAUUGGCAUCAAAUAAGAGGUGUGCUGAGGAACUAACUAGCUGCCUUGACUGCACUGAGCGAAGGGCAGAACUACUGGCAAGAAGAGAAGGGGAGCAAUUGGAAAGAAGACCGUUUGCUACAUCUAAUUUAUCACCCACAACUUAAUUUCUUUGGAUAUGUGUGUUUUUACCCUACUAUAAACAUUGGAAUAUCUGCUAUCUUGAAACCCAGUAAAAAUGAUAUUGAUAAAAUGAGAAGUGAAACUGAGUUUUGCUACUGUGUGCACAGUGAGCCAAUCUUGAGUACUGGGACUUAAAAGCUCAGGAAGGGGUUUAGGAGGUCACUAUUUCUUGUUCCUAUUAACGUUGUAAUCCUAAUUUACAAUCCAUACCCUCUUCACUCAGUGUUUGGCCAGCUAUUCGAUUUAUUGAGCAUUAUAGGUACUGUACUGGAACUGUCUACCAUUGACUGAGAGCAGGCUCUUUUCUGUUUCCCUCACUGUUAGAAUAGCACACAUUACUAAAUAUACUUGAAACCUGCUCAGUAAAUGACAGGCAUUUCCAUAGAUGCUCAUGGACUCCAAAGGCCACCUUUAUAGAGCUUUCGGUGUAUUGUUUUACUAUUGCCGUCUACUGCCAUUAGGAACCUCCACUUUUACUGUACUACAUCAGUGUCCAAGCUUGGCUAACUUGAUAUUUAUAAAACUGGUUCAUAAAAAUCAGGAUUGCAAAGUUCAUCCACCAGUGUUUGACAAAGUGUUUCAUUUAUUAUACCUGGAUUUCUUUUCAGCCAAACAGAGUCAAGUCAUAGAAGAUAGGGUCAUGGCCUGGAAGCAAUAAAUUAUUCAUUGUUAGUUAUCAAGCCUAGCUCCUGUUUACAGAACAAUAAACAUGAACCCUUCUCCCAGUAGAAAUCUAUUACCUUUUUUGUUUUUAUGCAAAUACUAAAUUGGAGUUAAUUUCACAUUCUCACUUGGCUACACACUAUCUUCUUCCUUCCUUUUCCAAACCCGUUAACUGGUUCACCUAAAUGGAUAACAGGUCCUAAAGCAGCAUAUAUGUGUUUGUUUUUCAAAAUGCCAGAUGUUAAUUUAAAUGCAAUUUAUGCACAAGCUCAAUAUCUUACCUUUUCUACAUAGUGCCCUGCUAGGAAGUCCAUGAUUGCUAGACUACUACUGAAACAGCCACCCUCAAGUCUCCAUUUGGGGUUUGUAAGGACACUUAAUAAAGCACGGCAAUACUCCCUAAUGAUGCCAGCACUCUGGCUUCACUGUCCAUGCUUUGGCAUUGGCAAAGAGUGAUAUUAGCCAUUCUGAAUAAUUAUGGUGCUUGGAGUGAUCCUCUCAAUUAAAAUCUUAGCAUUUCCUCUCAAUUAAAAUAUUAGCAAAUCUUACAUUUUCUGCUCUUUAAACUUAUUAUUAUUAAAUAUGGGGUGUUAUCCUGGAAUAUGGAUUCCUCUGUUAAUUCCUUCCCCCCCCCCUUGUAUCAUCUUUAUGGAAGAGAGUGUGUGUGUGUGUGUGUGUGUGUGUGUGUGUGUGUGUGUGUGUGUGUGUGUAUGUAUGUAUGUAUAUAUAUAUAUAUAUAUAUAUAUAUAUAUAUAUAUAUAUAUAUAUAUAUGUAUAUAUGUAUAUCCUAAUACAAUAUACAAAGGAGUAUUGCUUUCACAUGAAAAUGUUAAUUGUCACACCGCUUUUACAUCAGACGGGAACUGCUAAUUGGUAAUUAGCCUAAUAUGAUACCUUUAAACCUUUUUUUUUUUUAAAAAUACAUUUAUUAAAGCUCACACUGUGUAACAAACCGUCUGACCAACAGAACAAAAAUGUAAUUUACAUUUAAAAUAUCUUCCUAUUUAUGAGUUCCCUGAACAACAAGAUUUGAUUUGUCAUCAUGGGGCUAUCUGUAUCCAUGGUGCUCAAAUUCACCUGUUUACUAAAUGGUUUAAUAUAAUAUAACAUUCAAGUGUUAACCCCUUAACACUGUUACGGUGUUCUAUGCUGUCCCACAUUAAAAGUGCUUUAAAGCAGUUGCGACGGCAUAGAUCCUCUUCUGGAGGGCUGCCUGGCAGCCCUCCCCCGGCAAAUGAGGCCCCCGGGGGUUAUGUGAUCGCUGCGUUGAGGCCCAGUUGUGUGAACAAGGACCUGACGUAGGUCAUGAAGGUUGUAGUGGUGAGUACUGCACCUUGUAGCUGUAGUAAUGGUUGUGAGGGCAGUAAGUUAUGAUGCUGUAUGUAGGCAUCAAGAACCCUGACUGGACACCAUCUGUUGUGCGUGGGAUAGUACGGUAUGUUUACGGGUAUGUGCUGACUGGUUUUGGAGUGAGGUAAAGUCAGGAUGUAAUGAUCCAUAUGUUUUGCCAAGUGGUGAAUAGAUGAGGAACGGAGUAGUUUGAUUCGUGAAGGUUGUAGUGAAUUCUCUAGAUCUUAGAAAUCCAUAGAAAGCGAUGUAUAUUGCUGUUUUGAUGACAGAAUUUGUAUUGGUGUCAAACGGUUUUAAGUCAAGCAGGUUAGACAAUGCUUUGAAGAUAUGGUUAUCUAUGGCUAGCCUCUGGGUUGUAUGUGUGGGUUCUGAAUACCUCUGAGUAUGGUCUUAAUUUGGUGUGAGGCCAUGAAACUGUUGUUAUUUGGGUGUAUGAUUAACAUGUGGUGUUGAAUGCCAGUGAGAGAGAGUUUGAUGGUGUUAUAUGACAUUUUCAGUUUAAGGUGGCAAAAGGAAGCAAAGCCCCAAAAAAGAUGUCAUAACAAAUGGUUGCAUGAUGUUAUGUUCCAAAAGGAAUCGUUUGAAUAGUGUGAAAGCCCUGUUGUAUGUUUUGUGUGUAUUGUUUGAAAGUGCCAGUUGGGACAAUGUCCUGCUAUGCUGCAUGAUGGUGUCUAGUCCAGUAUGAGUUGUUGAAAUGUUGGAGUGAUGGUGGCUGUGGGCGCAGCUGACGGGAGUGCUUUAUGAACUCCUGAAAUUUAAAGCGAGACAAAUUGUCAGCAGCUGUGUUACAUACGCCUGGAACAUGGAAACAACAUAGGAAAAAAUUAUGACAAGCUGCCAACCAAGUGAGUUUCCUCAGAAAUCUCAUGAUCGUCAGGGAUUUGGAACAACCUUUGUUGAUAAUGUGAUAUGUUGCCUGGUUGUCUGAGUAACAACGCACUGGCAUAUUAGCCCAUAGGAGACCCCAUGCUACGGCAGCCGCCACGAUGGGAUAGAUCUCAAAAAGAGCUGAGGUAGUGGAAAAACCUUCCAAAUCCUGAACUACUGAAGGCCAGCUGCCCCAAAGCCAUUCGUUCCCAAAAAUUGCUGCAAAACCAGUGGUAGAUGCUGCAUCUGACCAAAUGGUAGGAGAUGAGUCAGUCAAUUGAGGGAGGAACAUACUUUUACCAUUCCAAGUGGUUAAAAAUCUCUUCCACAUGUUUAGAUCUGCCGUAGCUUGGGUAUCUAAGGACAACCUGUGCGUGUCAUGUAGGAAAUGUGGGAAAAGAUGCAAUAGUCGUGAUAUAAAGGAGCGGCCUUGAGGUAUGAUGCACAUAGCAAAAUUUAGUGACCCCAGCAGGGACUGUAGCUCUUUGCGAUUGCAAGUACCGAGCUGAAGGUAGCUGUUUAUGUAAGUGAGAAUAUUCUCUAUCUUAUCGUGUGGUAGGCUCGCUUGCAUUGUGGCGGAGUCUAAUUGGAUACCCAGAAAAGUGAUAACCGUGUCUGGCCCCUCUGUUUUCUUUGGGGAGAUAGGUACACCUAGUUGCUCAAAUAGCUUAGUGGUAGCUUUGAAACUAGUAGGAGGUGAAGUAUUCUCGAUCAGUAGGAAAUCGUCCAGGUAAUGUUAUACCGUAGGGCAUCUGGCUAUGUUCAAUAGUAACCAGCAUAAUGCUUCGGCAAAUGUGUCGAAAAUAGCUGGGCUACUUUUGGACCCAAAAGUUAACCGGGAGAAAAAAUAGUAGUUCCCUGACCACUUGAUGCCAUGCAGGUGCCACAGUGUGGGCUGGAUUGGUAGUAAUUUAAAGGCGUUUGUAAUGUCGCUUACUGAGCCAGGCUCCAACCCCUGCUUGUAUGAUAGCAGUAAUGGCGUGGUCUAUGGUGGUGUAUUGCAGAGAGAAUUCCUCAGAGGGUAUGAGGGAAUUAAGACUGGGGUUGGCCGAUGAGUGGGGUGCCGAUAAGUCAAUGAUGAGUCUCUGUUUUUGGGAAGAUUUCACUGUGACAAUACCAAUGGGGUUUGUGUGCCAUUCUAUGAAUGGAGGAGUUUUGAAAGGCCCCAAUACGAAACCCUCAUCUACUUCUUGGGCUAUGAGGGUGUCAACCACUGUGGGGUUGUGUUGGGCGGAUUGUAGAUUAGGGCAUUCCAGAGUUCCGGCUGGUAUGUGUAGGAUACCAGUAUGGAAGCCUUCUGUUAAACUAGAGAUUAGAGUCUACUAGGUGUCUAGAUGGGUGCUGAGACAUAAAUGCCGUGAAUACUGGCAUAUUAAUGGACCUUAGAUAAGGCUUGGAAUACAUUUUAUUUGGACACAUGGUCUUUGCAUGUGCCCUAAAACAUUUUAAACAGACAUGCAAUAGUCUACAUCCACUGUAAUUACAAGACCCAACAUUAAAAUUAUUACAUAUCUGGGACUUGCCCAGAAACUUGAUUGGGUGUCCCAGUUUGUCUCUAGACAACUUCUCUGGAACCCCAGAGGAACUAGCUCCUUGCGUGGAGGCAUGUUCGUCCGCCGUGUUGGGACAAAUAUUUGUAGUGUGGGCUGUGGAGGAGCAGUAUGCACAAGCUGGUGUUCUUAGACCUGCAAAGUGUCUGCAAAAAAUGACAGCAUCAAUCCUUCCCCAGUUGGAUCGUGUUCCGUACUGGGAGAAGGCUACAGACACUUUUGCAGAAAAAGACCUAUGGUAGUCAUCGAAGGCCGAACCACCAUAUUUGUUGCCCAGGUCUACCAGCUUGUGCAUAUAGAGAUCAAACUCCUCUCUUCUGUUGGGAUAGACUGCACAGAUGACAUCCCUGUAAAUACCAAAAGCUAGUACAAAUUCAGGGAUAGUCAGUUUCCUGUUCAGGCGGGCAUCCCUAGAUCUGACAACAACAGAUACAUCAUCAUAAGCAUACGUCUUAUUCUCAACGAUAUCCUGGGAGGCAAUCAACAGGGAAGCCAGGUUUACGUCUUUACCUUCCAGGUUAUCCCUUUUAAUGUGCUCAGGUAUCAUAUGAGCCGGGCUAACUUCCUGGUCAUCCAGGGUGAUGGCUGGAGCAACUAAUGGCAAGUCGGCUGGUGCUUGUGAAGCAGCAUCGGGUGGCCCUGCUAGAGUAAGGGCCGUAGUGACCGACUCAAGUUUCUCCAGCCUGGAGUUGACCUUGCUCAUGGACGCCAUGAUUGAGGAUAACAUGGCAUGUAUGUCUCCUGGGUUGGACUGGCUAGGUCCUUCCCCGGCAUCCAUGUUAUUUGUCGAUGUGCGUAGCAGUUUGAAAAGUUCUGAUUUCCUAGCUGUAGCGGGGUAGGGGAUUUGUCGUCUCCUCAAUUCCGAGGUUAUGCGCGGGAUCGUCCAGGAUCUGAUUGAUGCUGGACCAGCUAGCUCUCCUCCUUGUGUGGGAGUGACAGCUCUAGCCGGGGUGCUAGGCAGGGAGAAAUCCUCUACCCCUCCUGAGACAUACUAUAAAUAAGACAAUUAAUUAGUAUAUGAAACUACCAAAUUGUACUGGCAGGCUAGCUAGGCCGGAUGGCGAAACAUUAUACUUGUUUGGUGACAGAUGAGGCCCUGCUAAUUGCCAAGCAGCUUGAGAGGCUCUAUCUAUGCGUUGGCGCGAAGGGUUAUUGAGGCAACUCGACGUAGUGGCAGGAGUUUUAGGCCUCUCGGUGACUGUAAGACAGAAAACAGGGGAAGGGAGUGACAGGUGAGGCUCUCUCUAUGCAACAUGCGAGGCGGCUAGCUAACGUGUGGCCCGAUGAGUGUUUGCCUCUGAAACGUUUGAGGCGGGGUGUUGGCCUCGCGGGACCACUAACUGAUUGCAACUGCCAAGACAGGGUAAAUACCUAUUGGGAAGCCUGUGACCCUAUUGCCAGUACUCUAACCUAGGGGGACGAAAUGAAAUGUAUGGUAGAAUACCAUAUGAGCAGGUGUACGUACCUGGUAGUAUGACAAAUUCACAGGAAUAAACUGUGUGGAGCAAAUAUAUAUAAGCUUGACAGCCUGAAAUGGGUAAAAGAGAGUAGUAUGAUGAGUGUGGAUUGUUGGAAAGAAAACAGCCUUAUAGCCUGUAGCAGCAAUGUUUGAAAAUGUUGAUACCAUGGGAAUAGAUAUGAGUUACAAAGAAAUGUUGUCAUGCUUAAAUAAGACAUCUGAGGGAGGCCGUGGCCUAUGUACAAACAACAUAUGUGUUAUAUGAUAAUGGUGUGUAAGGGAAACAUAAAAUGUAGGUAAUAUAUAUAUGUAUAUUACUGUGCAGGAAAUGUAUGAUUGGUUGGAUCAGUACGUGUGAUUCAACCCGAGUAUGCAUGAAAAGGAAUUAAAGCCUUAUGUGUCAUGUUCAUAACGAAGAAAUGAGGCCUGUAACGUAGGCUGAGUUAAUUGAAUUGAAAUGGAUAAUUAUGAAAACUCCUGUAAGCGUGGGAGUUCAAUGAUCCAUACAGAAAUGUAGCUGGUUUAAUAGAAAAGAACAUGAAUAAGGGUCAUGGCCUAUUUUACACAGUGUUAUGUGUGAUAUGUAGUAGAAUAACAAAAGGGGCAGGGAUACACAAAAUGCUUAAAGUGAUGCAAAGUGAUGUGUGUAUAUAUAUAUAUACGACAUAUGUGUCGUGUAUAUAUAUGAUAUAUCAGUAUUGAAAAAGACAUAUGAUUGGUUGGAUCAGUACGUGAUUCAACCCGAGAAUUUAUUGCUUGUAAAUGAAACUGUAUCCUUUUUUAUGUGUCGUAGUAAUAACACAGAAAUGAGGCCUGUAAUGUAGGCUGAGUCCAUUUGGAUAAAUAGAUAAGUAAUGCAGACCCCUGAAAGCGUGGGAGUCAAAAUGAUCUAUACAGAUAAGUGAGCUUGGUUGUAUGGACAUAAUACAAUACUGAAACAUUUAAAGGGUAAUAGAAAUAAUCUGUCUAUUUAAACAAGCAAUUCGUUAACCGAAUAUACAUGAAAUGGUGAAUAUAAUCCACGAAAGGAUUAAGCGUAAUACAUAGAAAUACAACCGAAACCCAAUGUGAGGGAAAACAGAAGUUGGAACGAAUAGUUUAAACGUAUGAACUUAUGCGAACUGCAAGCGUGUUUGAAACGUGUAUUGAAAAUUGCCGAACGGCAAAACAACUGAAUUGAUCCGUUUCAAUGUAACAUGGAAUAGUUAUAUGCGAAAUGACUAUCUGUACGAAUAUACUGUUCAGCCGAAUGACCGUAUGAAUGAAAACCCGCGAACGGCUUGUACCAAUCGUGACAUAACAGGGAAAAAAACGUAAAGCGAGGACCCGUGCUGUACUGUACACCGUGGGAACCGGUCCUGGCGUGACAGGUAGGUCUGACUUACGUUUUAGGAGUCCCUGGGACGCGAUCUACGACGAAGACCGGGGUCAGAAGAAGCUAGAUGGCGGUAAAGGCCUGAACAGGAUUCUUGGACACAGCUAUCGCGGUAAAACCUCGUGGAUACUUGAAACCAAGAUGGCGUCUGAGAGAACCCGGAAGUGGAUCCUUAUUCAACGCUGACCUCGAACGGUAAGGAGCCAGGUAAGGGGAGUGCCUUAAGUAGGCUAGGGGUAGCAAACCAGCACCUCCCACAAAUCCAGGCAAAUUGCCUUAAUAUAUGUAUAUAUGUAACAUCAUACAAAGUGUAUUUUAAUAUUAAUAGAAGUACAUAUAUUAGUAUCAAAAUACACUUAGAAUGACGUUACAUAUUUAUAUAAUGUGUGUGUGUGUGUGUGUGUGUAUAUGUAUAUAUAUAUAUAUAUAUAUAUAUAUAUAUAUAUAUAUAUAUAUAUAUAUAUAUAUAUAUAUAUAUAUAUAUAUAUAUAUAUAGAUAGAUAGAUAGAUAGAUACACAUAUAAUAUAUAUAUAUAUAUAUAUAUAUAUAUAUACAAUAAUAAAUAAAAUAUUGAAACUAAAUUUUAUAUAAAUUUAUAUAUUCAUAUGUAAUUUCAUUCUAACUAUUUUAUUAUAUAUAUAUAUGUAACAAAAUACACUUAGAAUGACAUUCUUUAUAUAUCUAUAUAUAAAAUACAAAUAACCGCAUAUAUAUAUAUAAUUACAUAAAAGAUUACAUUAGUAUACAUGUAGAAUUUAAAUACCUAUAAAUGCAUAUAUAUUAAAAUUCUACGUGUAUAUUUAAGUUAUCUUUUAACAUAAUUAUGUGAUUUGAUUAAUUAAAAUUUGAUUGACAUGCCUGACAACACAGGGAGAAAUUUAAUUUGCAAGCACUAUAUUUGACCCUGUAACUCUCCAAGACACCAUAAAACCUGUACAUAGAGGGUACUGUUUUACUCGGGAGACUUCGCUGAACUCAAAUAUUAGUGUUUCAAACUGGUAAAUUGUAUUACAACGAUGAUAUUUGAAGUAAAAGUGAAGUUUUUUUGCAUUUUAUACAAACAAACGGCACAAAACAAAAAAAGCAAAAAACUAAUAUUUGGCCAGUGUUUAUGACUAAGUGGCUACUAAAAAAGACUAAACGUACCCCACUUUCAAUACCUUGGGUUGUCUACUUUUUCAAAUGGUAUGCCAUUAUGGGGGUAAUUCUCAUUCCUGGGCUACCACACCGUCUCAAAGGUAACAUUACUAAUCUGGCAAAUUUCAAUGUGAAAAUGGAAUGUUCUAUAUUUGACCCUGUAACUUUCCAAAACACCAUAAAACCUGUUAAUGGGGGGUACUGUUGUACUCGUGAGACAUCGCUGAUUACAAAUAUGUGCAUUUUUUGCAGUAAAACUUAACAGUAUUAUGAAAUUUACAGCUAAAAUGUCAGACGGAAAUACACAUUUUUUUAUUUUUUUUAUUUUUUUAAAUCUUAUUUUCUAACUUUUUUAAAAUUUUAUUCAUAAUAAAUUAUGUUCCACAUAUGAAUAGUUAAUGAUAAAUUAAAGCCCUGUUUCUCCUGAACAAAAUGAUAUAUAAUAAGUGUGGGUGCACUUAAAGGACCACUCUAGGCACCCAGACCACUUCAGCUUAAUGAAGUGGUCUGGGUGCCUGGUCCAGCUAGGGUUAACCCAUUUUUUCAUAAACAUAGCAGUUUCAGAGAAACUGCUAUGUUUAUGAAUGGGUUAAGCCUUCCCUAUUCCCUCUAGUGGCUGUCUCAUUGACAGCCACUAGAGGCGCUGCGUUUCUCACUGUGAUUUUCACAGUGAGAGCACGCAUCUAUAGGAGCAUUGUAAAUACUUUCCUAUGAAUCUGAAUGCGCGCUCUUGCCGCGCGCCAUUCAGUGAAGGGGCGUAACGGAGGAGGAGAGGAGGCAGAGAGCUCCCCGCCCAGCGCUGGAAAAAGGUAAGUUUUAACCCCUUUCCCCUUUCCAGAGCCGGGCGGGGGCACCCUCAGGGCACUAUAGUGCCAGGAAAACGAGUAUGUUUUCCUGGCACUAUAGUGGUCCUUUAAUGUGACAGCGGUGAAUUACGGUUGAACGGACAUAUAGCGCAAAUUCCAGUUUUUGUUUACGUUUUGUUUUGAUCAGAACGUACACUAUUGACUCCGUCCUGAAGGGGUUAAUUAGGGACUCUGUUGUGGAUGCUGUUUCUAUUUGAACCUAGUGGUUGAUGAAUAGUCUUUUAAGAUGCAUCAUGUGCCCCCACAUUGUUUUGAUCAUAUAGUUGGGAUUGUUUCCACAUGGAGUUUUCUCUCAAUGACUGUGACUUCCUGAACCUGUAUUCCUGAUCCUAUAGUGUUAAAACAACCAUCUAGCCAACCCAGGCAAUGCUUUACCUCUCUAAAUAUAGUAAAAUCUUACUUGUAUUUAAGUCUGCAGCUGCUGCCCCUGACCUGCCUGCUUGCCUGACAUCAGAAGUGAUUCUCUGAACCAAUCACAAUGCUUUCCAAUAGGAUUGGCUGAGAUCGGCAAGGAGGCAGAUCAGGGGCAGAGCCAGGACAUGUCAAACACAGCCCUGGCCCAUCAGCAUCUCUUCAUAGAGAUGGAUUGAAUCAAUGCAUCUCUAUGAGGAAGGUUAAGUGUCUCCAUGCAGAGGGUGGAGGCACUCAAUGGCAGUGCUGCACACUGUGCAGCUCAGCCCUAGGAUGCACCUAUUACUUUAGCCAUUUGAAGAGCUGCUAGUGGAGUUAUCCCUAGGCUGUAAUGUAAACACUGCAUUUUCUCUGAAAAGACCGUGUUUACUGCAAAAAGCCUGAAGAGAAUGUUUCUACUCACCAGAACAAAUAUAUAGCUGUAGUUGUCCUGGUGACUAUAUUGUUGCUUUAAUUGUAGGGAUGCGAGUGUUAAGUUAAUAUCAAAUUGACUGAAAUGUAAUUUAGAAAAAGAACAAUGUAUCUUAUUUAUACAGACUGAUUUCUAAACACAUUUAUUGUGUUUUAAAGGACCAUUAUAGUCACCCAGACCACUUCAGCUCAAUGACGUGGUCUGGGUGCCAGGUCCCUCAGGUUUUAACCCUUCACAUGUAAACAUAACAGUUUCAGAGAAACUGCUAUGUUUACAUUUGGGGUUUAUCCAGCCUCUAGUGGCUGUUUUCCGGACAGCCGCUAGAGGCACAUCUGUGAUGCUGGAGGCGAAUUUCCCCUCCAUCGCGCAGAGCGUCCAUCGGAAAGCAUUGAGAAAUGCUUUCCUAUGGACACUUUGACUGCGCGCGCGGCACUUGCCGCGUAUGCGCAUUCGGCUCCAGUGACGUCGGACGGGGAGCUGACCCCUUCAGCGCCAUGGGCGGGGGACCCUGAAGGUGGGCGCACCCUCAGGGCACCAUAGUGUCAGGAAAACUGCUUUGUUUUCCUGACACUAUAGUGACCCUUUAAAUCCAAGAUACUGUAAGUAUUAUUAGGGACUGACUUAGUAUUGACCCAGCAGAUCCUCUCUCCAACUCUCGUGAGCCUGGUAUACCGGUCAGGGUCUUGCAAGAGUUGGAGAGAGGAUCGCCAGGAAACAAAAGUUAGCGUGUGCUGGGUCCCAGCCGCACGGUCUACAAUGUUAGUGCCACCCAGGGUGGACAGCUGAAGUGGUUCAAUUGACAAUACAUAUAAUGCAUUAAGGAAGAGAAGGCAGGACUCCACUUCUAUUUACAGGAUAUACCUCCAGUGAAAACUUUUAUGUUUUUUUUGUCAUUCGUGGUAUUUCUAAUCACAGCUUGCAGAAGCUGCAGUUAUUUGGGCAUAAGAAACACCUGCCUUGCAGUUUAGGGUGUUAAGUCAGAUAAUAGCAAAUGUAUUAAAGGACCACUAUAGGCACCCAGACCACUUCAGCUUAAUGAAGUGGUCUGGGUGCCAGGUCCAGCUAGGUUUAACCCUUUUUUCUAUAAACAAAAUAGGGUUAAUCCAGCCUUUAGCGGCUGUCUCAUUGACAGCCGCUAGAGGCGCUUCCGUGCUUCUGACUGUGAAUGCUUUCCUAUGGACUGGCUGAAUGCGCGUGCGGCUCCUGCCGCGCAUGCGCAUUCAGCCAAGGAGGAGCAGAGUCCCCCACCCGGCGCUGGAGAAAGAGGUAAGUUUUAACCCCUUCCACCCCCUAGAGAUCGGCGGGAGGGGGAGCCUGAGGAUGGGGGCACCCUCAGGGCACUAUAGUGCCAGGAAAACAAGUAUGUUUUUCUGGCACUAUAGUGGUCCUUUAAGUAGUUGGUCUUUUCAACAAACAUACAGCCUGUUUAACACACCCCCCCUCAGUAAACGGGAGGGAAUUAAUGAAAGAUGAAAGAGCUGCUUUUAAACCUUAUGAAAAAAAUAUCCUUUCAUUGUAGAAGAAAUGAGAGCAACCUGUUUUUACCAGCAGUCAGAGGGCAUAUCUGUAUUAGCCGAUAAUCAUGCUACUUAGACUUAGAGCAACAUUCUGUUAAUUACUUGUUUGUUUCAGUGCUAGAGGCUUGAGUAACCUAUAACUUUGUAAUAUAUUCAGUCUUCUGCAUCAGAAGAGUUAAAGGCUUUCUAUCUGUUGCCACAGUUUAUAUGGUCUUUUAGUAUUGUAUGGUACAUGUAAGGCACUGGAGAUUAGGAGACCUUGCAAUUCCUGAAAGUAUAUAGAAUUUGCCAAAUCACUCUGAGUCGGGUAAUGAGCUUGUGUGGGAUUCAGAUGGGUGUGGUACAGUAGCAUUUUCUUAGCUAAAGCAUCUUGUGUUUACUUGUUGACUGCUAAUUUACUUUUAAGAAAUUCUGUAUAUUGUGUCUACAGAUAAACUACAGCAUCCAUUUAAGGGACACUGUUUGUGUAGAGAUUACACCCUUCAUUCUAGUUAAAACAAUUCAGACCAGCAAUGCUCUGAUAGGCUGAAAGCAGUCAGCUGUUUAUCUUUGCCAGUCUCCGCCACCCAUUGCUGCACAGGUGAAUGCAACCUCAUUAGUGUCUUCCAUAUAGUUAUGUAAUAUUUUUACAUAAUUAAGUCAUUUUAUUAAUUAAAAUUUCCAAGACACCAUAAAACAUGUACAUGGGGGGUACUGUUUUACUUGGGAGACUUCGCUUAACACAAAUAUUAGUGUUUCAAAACAGUAAAAUGUAUUACAACAAUGAUAUCCUCAGUGAAAGUGAUGUUUUUUGCGUUUUUCACACACAAACAAAUAUUAACACUAACUUUGGCCAGUGUUUCUGACUAAGUGAAUACUAAAAAAGACUGGACAUACCCCAUUUGCAAUACCUUGGGUUGUCUACUUUUGCAAAUGGUAUGCCAUCAUGGGGGUAAUUCUCAUUCCUGGUCUACCAUACGAUCUCAAAGGCAACGUAACCAAUAUGGCGAAUUUCAAUGUGAAAAAACAGAAAAAUAUAACAUGCUAUAUUUCACCUUGUAACUUCCCAAAACAUUAUAAAACCUGUACAUAGGGGGUACUGUUUUACAUGUGAGACAUCGCCGAAUACAAAUGUGUGUUUUAUUGCAGUAAAAGCAAACCGUAUUAUAAUAUUCACAGUUAAAAUGUCAUGCAGAUCUUAAAAUUUUUUUCUUUUUAUAUUUUAUUCAUAUUAAAUUAUGUUUCAUAGCUAAAUAUCUGAUGUUAAAUGAAAGCCCUAUUUCUCCUGAAUAACAUGAUAUAUAAGUGUGGGUGUAGGUGACUUACAGCUGAACAAGACCUAUAGGGCAAAUUCCAUGUUUUGUUUGUUUUAUUUUGAUCAAACCGUGUACAUUUGGUCAGUCCUUAAGGGGUGAAAAACUGUCACAGUAUUAUUAUUAUUGUUAUUGGCAUUUAUAUAGCGCCAACAAAUUCCAUAGUGCUUUACAAUAUUAUCCAGUUGUUUGUUGGCCCUUAACUUUAGCAACUUUAGCUUGAGUAGAGUUGAACGAUUUAGAGCAGAUGCUUUCUAGUGAUGGGCAGCUUUAAGACGUGUUUUUUGUGGACUGUGUUUCCAAAAGAAAAGAAAACAAAUGUAAUAUGAGGAUUACGCAAAGCCUGUCAGCAGCUCAGUAGAGUAAACAAAGGCGUGGAAGUGAAAGUGAUGCUCUGGAAAAUGUCUUAGAGCUCCCCCUUGCUGACGAAAGAGCUACUUGGUUACAGUCUGGUAUUUUAAAUGAUUGUGAAGAGACUGUCAGAGGCACAAAACUGCUCUUAUUACUUAUGCUGCACUGACUUCAUCGUCGAACUGUUCAAUUACAAUGUUUUUUUUGUCAUUGUUUUUUUGAAGCUGAGAGUUAGUACAGGAUAAAUAUAAGAGUCAUAACAUACAUAUUGACUUGUAUAUUGACUCUGCUGGAGCAAAAACAAUGACAAUAUAAAGAGCUAAUUAUGAUACAUGUUAAGGUGAACAUAAAAAAAUGAUCUGGAGGACUGUAAAAAAAGUUACAGUCUAGAGACAGGAUGUGCAAAUUUUAAACUGUACGCAGUUGUAAGACUAAAACUCCCAUGAUUAUUUAAGUGGUUAAAGUAGUGCUGCAACAGUGGAGUGGCUACCAUUUUCCCAUCUCUGAAAUAGAGUAAUGAGUAAAUGAUCACCAUAACAAUAGACUAUUGAGAUUCUUGCUGUAAAGUAAUAUUAUUGAAGUGUUUACAGGGUGGGACAAUCUGCAGAGGGAAGUAGAAACAUAUUUUCGUGGCCCAUGUGUCUGAGGUGCACUGUGAGUGAGUUUAGGUCGUUUUUUUUGUGGUUCCGGCUUGUGUGCUAGAUGCACAGAAUAUUUUGAUGCUUGUAAAUAAGUUGCAAUGCAUAGAUUGAAAUUUAUUAUAAAGCAUCACCAAAGGAUCAGUUUGAAAAACACAAGACUCAGUGCUGUUCAGUAGGGGAAACUGUUUGUUGCACUAUUGUUAUCCUGUAUUAGGAAUUUACAUGUUUUAAUGAUAGUUUUGCAUUUUGUCAUAUUUCAUUACAUAAAUUAUUUUACUUAGCUGAGUUUGUCUUAUGUUUUGUGUUUAUAUUGUGUGUGUGUGUGUGUGUGUGUGUGUGUACAUAUAUAUGUAAUUUAUUUUAAAAGGCAGAUUAAUUUAAACACUGUACUACACGAACAGUGACUUCUUCUGUGUCCCAUUCAGCAUUUGGACCUUGCAGAGUCCUUUGUCAAGAUCUCAUCUUGAGAAAUGACCCUGUGAAGACUGAAAUGUUGAUGCUACAUGUAACAUGGGUGAUGGAAUAAAGUCCUAUAACAUAUAGCAAAAAAGAUCCAUAAUUGCCCCUAUGUAUUCUGUUUUGGCAUAUAUUUUGCUAAUUCGGAUUGCACCUGGGCAAUCACAAUUAGCAAGAGGGAUAGGUAAUGUGUUUAAAGGGUUAAAGCAAGGCAUAAAUGUUGGUUUGAAACUAUCCUUUUCAAAGUCGCAAUUGUGCAAGAAAUGUCAUUUAAACUUGGAGCUGUUGAAUAUCAUAAAUUCUUAUGUGGUUUAGAAGGACAAAAACAGACGAGAACACCAGUGUUUUCCUUCACCCACCUUCUUUUGUCUCUCUCUCUGGCUCUGGAUCCUCCCAGCCUGUGAGAGACGGCUGCUCACUAUUGGCCACUUGUGUUCCAGGAGGAGUUAGUGAGAUUGUUUGUCUUGCAGUGUGUGACAUCACUCUAUUUGUCUCAUUGUUGGAAGCUUUAAAGCUCAGUUGGGGAUAUGCAGUCGCAGGAGGCAUGCAGUGGAUUGUGUGCUUUAGCAAACAUUAAAUAGAAACAUUUUCUCAUACAUUUUUGAACUGCUUCUCCUUGCACUUUUUUUCUAAAACGAAGGGAUCUUGUUACAUUUCUUUUUCACAGAAGCCUUAAACGGGUAAGCUGCAAAGGACACUGUGCUUUCUCUAAUGUGCAGUAACGAUGAGCCCAGCAUUCGGAGCCAUGGAAGUGGAGCACUACGCAAAGGGAGUUCUGCUCGAACCUUUUUUACACCAGGUCGGAGGGCACUCCUGUGUCCUUAGGUUUAAUGACAAAACCAUCUGUAAGCCCCUUAUUCAAAGGGAGCAUCUGUUUUAUGAAACACUCCCUUCCGAGAUAAGGAAAUUUACACCUCAGUAUAAAGGUACGUGUGUAUUAUUUUGCAAUUGAGUGCUUUUUAUUUUUAUAUUUGCUAAUUAUUCUGGUAUUACCUGUUCUUCCUAAAACUCUUCCCUAUAGAAGUGGUUUUGGAUUUCUUGUUUUUCAUGUAUUUCGAUGUUGUCAGGGACAGGCUGUGAGGCGUGUUUUGGAGAUGCUGACUAAAAAGCAUUAGAGUUUAGAAAAAAAUUGCUUUCGGCACUAAGUCGCCCGUAGGCACAUGUAGGUAAGUGCACCAACUUCAGCCCAGCUUUUUAAAACAUUAAUGGUCUUAAUAGCCUUUUGUAACUUUUUCCCUUCUACUUUUCUCUCAUACCUUUUUGCAUUUCUGUCCAGAGAGUUGGUUUAAACACCAACAGAUUUCAGUUUUCAUUUUCUUGUCUAUUUGUCUUGAAUAUUAAAAAUACAAAAACCUGUAUGAUUAUUGAAAAGGAUUGAUCACAGUAGUGUGAUGCCCUUAAUCUUGAAUCUAUCCUAUAUUUUCCUAGUUGUCUUUUAUUUCUAAGGAAAUGAAACUACAAGCAUGUUUAAGUUGGGCUGAAAGUGAAUCAUCUCAAGUGUGCUAGGGGAAUCCCAGAAUUGGUAGUUGAUUCUUUUUUUUUUUUAAAUGACUUUGUGUAAUACAAUCUAACAGUGAUAUUCAUUGAUUAAGAAUCUUUUCAAGAUAUUGUUCUGUCUUCUAAUAGUCUCAGAAAAUAUCAUUCUAAUCUCUGACAUGUUUCUAUAUUUACAAGUGUUUGUUUUAUUUUAAGAAAAGGGUAGAAUGUUUACAUAUGUCUGAUUUGUUUUGGGUUUUUUAAGGUUUGCAUAUUGCAAAUUUUUGGUAAGGAUUUGCAAAUUGUUACAAUGAAUAUAUUAAAUAAUUUAAAACCUGCUUUUGUGAUCUUUUGAAUCUAAACAUUAGUUGUGUUGUUAUUAUUUAUGCUGCUUAUUUUAUUUUUAAUGUUGGGAUGGUGGGUGGCCAGGGAGCUUUGGUAUAUGUACAUUGAUCUCACACUGGGGUAAAACGAUGAGGCUGUUUGCUGGCUGACUUGUCCCCAUUAUUCUUGUAGCCCUCCCUACUUUUUCUGUGCUUUAAAGCAGGUAAUGUCAGAGCUUUUCCGCACUCCCUUACCAGCUACUGUAAGUCACAGGUCCGUGUUCAGCUCAGAAGGGCAAUUUUCUACCAGAGGGAUGUGAGCUUCAAGAAAUCCUAGAAAAGAGGGAGAUUAAGGACUUUAAAGACAAUGUUACGGCAGAGACCGAUAACAUCUGAAACCUUUUCAGAUAUCUCAAAGACUGAAAAGAAAAAAACAAACCAAAAACAGUUUAUCAAAGACUGAUACGUACAGAAGAGGUGCAUUUUUUAAGGCUAUUUACAUAGUAUUGUAAGAACAUGACGUUUGGCUUUGUUUUAUGUGUUUUAACUCUCACUUUGCAACUUUAUUGCAAAUAAAACAAGUAUUUUACCCUAGUAGUAUAAAAUUAACAAAACCUUCAUGAUUUUCAGGAGUUGCUUUUUAGGCAAUGUUUGUUAUUUGAUGUGUGUCCCCUGCUCCAUCUUUCCUCCUUUUUUUUCUCUCUCCUCCUCCCUCUCCAUGUUUUUGUUUUGUAUUUAUUUUAGUUUUUGCUAUGCACCUUUCAAACAGAUCCCUUGAAACAUUCACAGUUUUGUGAUAAACUUUAAAUGCUUUUUUUUUUUUUUUUUUUGCUUUGCAAUGCUUUACAAUUGAAACCCUUUACUGGUGUUUCACUGCAAGAUGUAAAUAAGAAAUGUUUUACAUCUUUUAUUUCUUAAGUACAAUCAAUAAAGAUAUUUAUUUGGUUUCAAUAAAUAUUUUAAAGAAUUGAAAUUGUCUCCUGUUAUUAUUUUGUCAAUGUUGUGUUGUAUUUCAAAAAACAAAAAUAUAUAUUUUUUUAAAAAGCACGUUUUAAAUAAAGUGUCCCUAAACCUUUUUGUGCUAAUACGCUGUGUUCCUGUGUCAGGUGUUUCUGUGUUUAGUUGUUUUGGCAUUGUUAGGUUGGCAGAUCAUAUUUGACCUGUGGCAGAAUUUGUACUAAGGAUUGGGUAAGAAAGAAAACAAACACACACUGUUCUGAUGUAACCCUGUGUUACACUUAAUCUAACACACCACUUUUUUAUUUUUAAAUGCCUCUAUUCUCUACCCUCCCCAGGUGUGGUGUCCGUGAGUUUCGAGGAGGACGAAGAUGGGAAUCUGUGUCUAAUCGCCUAUCCCUUAAAUGGGGACCAAGACAACCUGGAAAAUUUAGAUUAUUCGGAAUGCAGUGAGCCUAAAGGUAAACUGCUACGGUGGUCGAAUAAAAAGGCUCUUAUGUUGGAAAAUGAUAACAUUACCAAGGAGAGAGUCCGGCAGCACAGAAAGGAAGAGAAAAUGAAAAGGUGAGCUUCUUUGAUCAUAAAAAGUUAGCCUGUUAGUGUUUUCUGCAAGACCAUUUCAUAUAAUCCUUCUCCAGUGUGAACUUCUAGCAAAGCUAUCGAUUGUGCAUCAUGUUUACCCCCAGCUCCACACCCUUUCAUCAAGAUAGUUGUUAUGGCAUAUUUUUAGAAGGUAUUGCUUUGUUUUAGAAGAUGUGCCUUGUUGCUGAAAAAAACAAUAUACAGUGUUCAUGAUUAAUGUCAGUUUUAAUAACCCACAUUUGUAACUAUGCCAUUCCACAUUAUGAGGUUUAUACAUUAAACUCCAAAUUGUAGCAAAUUUAAAAAUAAAACAAAUUACAAGAUUAUGGCUAAAAUAAAUACAGCGGAAUUGGAGAAUUUCUCCAAAACCGGGGUUUAUGCUUAAUUGUGCCAUUCACAUUUCAGCCAGUUAAAGUUUGGACUUAGUGGCUAAACCUCAGCAUUUUGCCAUUUUUACAGCAUAAAUGUUUGGCCGUGCCAAACAAUAUCAAAAAGCAUAUAAAGUAAAAAGAAAAAAAUGCAUAUAGAUCAUGUGAGAGAAUACAUCGCAGUAAAUAUUAAAUUUUCAGUGUAGUGGUAAAAUAUCCAAAUAAUGCUUCUGUAAUAGAAACAUUGAUGUCAAUGGGAACUCCAUAAAAUGCACAAACACUGCAUAUAGUAAAAACUCUUUCCACACAAUACCAGAGCCAUAAAAUAUCCCUUCACCCAUACAUAGUGGGUGGAAUAAUUAUGCUAUGUCUGCAUCCACCUGUAUGUAAAUAAAAUUCUGGUUUGAAGGCUUUCAAAACCACUCAGUUUCCCUCUUGACAUUAAUUCUGAAUUCCUGCACUUUUAGAGUAAAUGGUUGUUAAUUGAUAUGCUUAAAUAAUAUUAAUAUAUACAUACAAUGUGGAGUAUCUUUCUAUUGAAGUUGAAAUAGUUCCUGGACCAAUAUAUUCUAGGAAUAAAAUAUAAACAGUCAAAAAAUAGUGCAAUAUAGCCAAUGUAAAUAGUAAAGUGCUAUGGUAAAUGAAAAGACACUCACAAACGCAGAGCCAUGGAAAUCGGCUCAGAUUUCCAGCUUUGUGGGAUGUAGAGGUACCCACUCCCUUCUUUAUGCUGAUUGAGGAUCACAAGCAAAUUGAUGUCCUCACAAAGGUAAGUAUAGGUGUAAAGUGCUUUUUUGUAAAGUGCACAUUGUAAUUAAAAUGUAAAAAAUAGAAUGAAAUAAAAUCAAGACCGUACAAUUUUGAAGGCAAGUCCUUGGUAUAAAGUCCUUUUAAGUGCAAGACGCGUUUCACCUCAGAGGCUUCCUCAGUUGCUGGCAGCAGUUUGCGUUACAACUGGUUACUAGGGCUCUAUUUUAAAUGCAUUUCCCCAAACACACUUCCUCGAACAGCAGAAGUGUUGCUAAUCGUGGCAUUUUGGGUGCAGAAUAGCAGCAAUUUUGUGGAUCAAAAUAUAUUAAAAAGUGUGAACUGAAACGAGACUGCGUGAAAAGUAGAAACUGGCAAGCAGGGGAUUGUUGAAAGUGUUUGUGUGUGUGUGUUUGUGUGUGUGUGUGUGUGUAUAUAUUGAUAUAUUUAAAACAAAAUUUUAGUUAUUUAAAAAUGCACACGUGUAUGUGUGUAUUUAAAUAAUUGAUAAAAUUAAAAUUUACUUCCAUCUACUGGCAUUUCUUGCAUUUUUGUAAAAUCUCAGGCUUUGCAGGUUCUGCAUUGAGCUUUUGAUGAACUCUCUCAGCCAACUUAACCCAUGAGCUAAACAAAUUUUGUUUUGUCUUUUGGUACAUUUGAAUUGAAAGAAUAUUACAAUUGAUAUUAAUACACGUGUCUUGUGGUAGUUAAUUCUUUUUAAUGCUCAGCAAGGUAGUUUAAAAAAUGGUAAACAAUGUGUCUGUUGUAGUCAUCCCAUUUUCUGUUUAUUUUCAGUCACAAAUUGGAGGAGGAGUUUGAAUGGUUAAAGAAAUCUGAAGUCCUAUAUUACAGUGUGGAAAAAAAAGGGAAUGUUGGUUCACAAUUCAAGCACAACCCUUGGAGUAUGAAAUGUCACCAGCAGCAGCUGCAGCGUAUGAAGGAAAAUGCCAAACACCGAAACCAAUAUAGUAUCCUUUCAUUAAAACAUUGAAGUACAGACAUGUUGUUUAGCACAAUGUAACAAUUCAAUUUCUCUGCAUACUGUUGGACUCCAGCUCACAUUGUGCUGAGUUAGCAAAUCCGCCUAUUCACUAAACCGCAAGCUGUGACUUGAGAACCAACUUGCUAUACUUUAACUCUGCUGAAUUUGUUAUUUUUCCAGUUCAGCUAUUUCGGCUUAAAUUUUGUCUGUUCUCAAGUCAGCAGAGUUUGCAGUUUGUGUUUUAUUUAUUUUAUUCUUCCCCUACAUCACACCUACCCAUCCCUAAAAAAAUACACAGUGCACACCCUGCCAUACAUUUCCUAAGGGUGAACAUAGUUUCUCACACAGUUGGGUAUAAUACUUAUUAUAAAGACUAUGUCGGAGUGUGAAAUAUUAUCCUUACAUAUUCAGUCUAUUUACAUCUCCGUGUUGCAUGUACCUGGCACUUUCUCUAUGUGUAUUUGUAUCUAGAAAUAUGCAGUGACCUUUCUUUGAGUGUCACACCCCUGUGGUCUUACUACAGCUUUGCAUGUGCGUGCUUGUCACAUGUCCUAGUCUAACACAAGAUCAGUGCAAUCUUUACAACAUGAGGCAAUUCUUAAUGUCCCUUCAUUAACACGUAUCACCUGGAUGCCCGAUCCUUUUACCUAUAGUCUUCUACAUGACGUAGUUGCUGGCUGGUCACAUAUUUGUAUUAAUGUACUACUCUGAUGUAAUGUGAACUUUAAAUAUCACAGCUUUUUUUAUUAAACUGUGCAUUCAACUUGUUAAACUGCUAAUUAUAUGUAGAACUCUAUUGAGGCUUAAAUUUGGUGUAGUGCUGUUUGUGUACCUGCAGCUUUCUGAUGUUAAUGCAUCAAACAGGAUAAAAAUUAAUUGUAAUAUUUGAGUAAGCUAUUAAUUACUGCCAUCUUCCAAAACACAUACAAAUAUAGGGUCUAUUUACUAAAUACAGAAUGAUGGACAGUGGACAUACGCAUUGCAAAUGUUAGGCAAGGAAACUUGCAAUUCUCAUGUCAGUUUUUCAUAUUCCCGUUAAGUUAAUAUAUUGUUUGUCAUCUGUGGCAUCAUAAGUUAAACAUUUUGCACAUGCUAAUUUCUAGACUGAAUGUCUGCAGUUUUUCCUUGUUUUAUUGGUCAAAUGCUUUCCCUAUAUAAUAUGAUCCUGGACAUUUUACUGUUAAUGGUGGGCAAGCUAAUCUGUGUGAUGAUGAGGUUUCUCCGGUUUAUUGACCCUUUACACUUCAUGUUCUACAUGUACCAAGCAGAGUUCCCUUCCUAUAGCAAAGGUGACACAAAUGUGUUUUUAAUCUGCUUAUCAUAUCUUAAGAAGUCUGAUGAUGAGACAUGUACUGAUAGUGAAAGCCGAUUAAUUUUAAAUUCCCUGAGUCAUUUCCAAUGUUCAUCUUGUUCAUUUGAAAAAAAAGUGGAUGUAGAUAAACUCCUGCCUGAAACUUAUCUCCGUAAAACCACUUUGUGAAAUAUGAAAAGGUUAUUUGCCAGGCUUUGUAUGUCUAACAUUCUUUUCUGACAAAAAAAAUUGAAAAUGGACAUUCCAAUUAUUUAAAACUGAUAUUUAAAAUGUAUUAACAGUUUCCACUCAAUAAUGUAAUACAUCAAAUGCUUAUGCACAUCACAUACAUUUUAGAACUACCACACUAUAGCAGAAUAAAACACUGACGAGAACUUCAUUAGCAAGUAUUUAACGCACAUGCACCCAGCUUAAAACAUUUUAGGUUGUGCAGACAGGAUGAUUUCACAUGUUGCGUGGGAGAACACAUCCUGUGUGUUUUGAAAGUGGUCACAUUCUGAUAGUACUCAACAAGAAAUCCAUCCAAACUGAAAUAGAAUUUUGGGUGGGGAAAUAAAUAAAUUGGAUUCCUUAACCAAUCAGAAUUCAUACUUUUGGAAAACCUCACCUGCCGAUACCAAGCACCGUGUGUCCUGGAUCUGAAGAUGGGAACUCGGCAGCAUGGAGAUGAUGCAACAGAGGAGAAAAAAGCUAACCAGAUACGCAAGUGUCAGCAGAGCACAUCAGCAGUUAUUGGGGUCCGGGUGUGUGGUAUGCAGGUGAGUUUCUGAUACCAGAAAAGCAAGUGUCUUGUUGCCAGAGAUUCUGUUAGAGAGGUAUUACUUUCUGUGUAUAGUGCAGAUAUCACCCUCAUUAGCCAGCAUAAUACAUAAUUAAAGGACCAAAAUUUUACAUUUUCAUAUGUCUUUUAAGAAGUGUUCGUUAAUAUAGCAACAUUUAAAAAGACACAGCAAUUUUUUUGCUUAUUUCUGUGUGUUUGGCAGGGCUUCCUCCAGCGGGGGAAGGGGGAUGCUUAAUGUUAGAAGUAAAAGUAGAGAUAUUGAGCACAGCAUUAUGAUUGAUACUAGAAUAUCAGAUUUUCUGUUUAACUUUGGCCCAUAGCACUUAUUGUCUUUGGCCAGGAUUACUCUUUAAUGUCUAGAGAUUGACUGAGAAAAGUGAGUUGAACUUCAUGCCAAAGGCUAGUUUAUUGCUAAAGAUUAAUUAAAAUAGUCUGUUGAGCAGGGUCCUCUUCAACCUAUUGUUCCUGUAAGUUUUCUUGUAAUUGUCCUAUUUAUUGUUACAUCCCCCCUCUCAAAAUAUUGUAAAGCGCUACGGAAUCUGUUGGCGCUAUAUAAAUGGCAAUAAUAAUAAUAAUAAUAAUAAAAUGUGGGAUAUGAACACCAUUGAAAUAAGGACACCCAACCUGGAUUGUCUAAAAUUCUUAUUGUAAAAUGGGCCAGUCUUCAGUUAAUUGAUUUAUUGUUUAUCAUCAACCGAUGAGGGUUUUUGUUUUUGUUUUUUUUGUUUUUUGUUUUAAAUCUGGCAACAUAAAAACUUUGGUCCUAGCGCUGCUAAUUUAUAGUAGACUGUUUCAUAAUAAAUUAAGCUCCCAUGUUCGGCUGUAUAGAGGACAUUUAUUGGCUGACCAUUUAUUCUAAGAGCUGUAGUUGGUUAUUGCCUUUAUAGAGAUGUAGAUUUUGCUAUGGUGACCUUUCCUUAAAGGAAUACAAAUGUAUUCCUGACACUGCAGUGUUAAACUAACCAUUUAGGUCCCCUGACCCACUCUAGAUUGCAGUAAAAAAGUGUUUAAACUCACUUUUUUGCCUUGCCGAUCUCUCCACAGCUGUCUCCACCUCUAUGGCUGAAAUCCUCAAUCUUGAUAAUCUCUUCCAUUCCAAUGCUUACUCAUAGAAAAGCAUUGGCAGACUAUUGAGCGUGCGCAGCAAAGUGAUGCGCUGCGCCAACCAACAUCUCUUCAUAGACAUGCAUUGAAUCAAUGCAAAUUUGUAUUUAUAAUGAUGUAGUGUUCCUUUAAUGCACUAUUGAUGCCCCAAAACUGUCCCCUCAUCUGUAUUUACAUCCGAUAAGCUGAUUCUUUCUGCAUCCCUCUUUCUGUGUCACCACUCAGUUAACAAAGAAAUAAACGCUAUAGGCAACCAGACCACUUCAUCUCAAUCAUCAAUGAAAGUGUCUGGAUGCAGUGGCCCAGUAAUUUAACCCUGCAAUAAUAAACACUGCAGUUUUAUAUAAACUGAUGUUUUACUGUAAAUGUACAGUGCAAAGAUAGCUGAACCAGGAAUUUCCAAUUUAGAUGUUUUAUAAUUCCUUGUUUGGUUAUUUGAGACGUAAUUAGUUUUUCUCUUUGUUGAAUUUUAGGUCUACCAGACAGGUACCGGGCAGCUUAUGUUUAUGAACAAAUACCAUGGCAGGAAACUUUCAGUUCAGGGUUUUAAAGAAGCACUUUACCAGUUCUUUCAUAAUGGCAAAUAUUUGCGCCGGGAACUAUUUGAACCUGUAAUAAAAAAACUGACAGACCUUAAACUGGUUUUAGAAAAACAAGAAUCCUACCGAUUCUAUUCCAGUUCACUUCUUAUUAUUUAUGAUGGGAAAGAAUUACCGGAGGUUCACAUGGACUCGGACCCAGAAGAUUUAGAUGAUCUAUCAGAGGAAUCAUCCGAUGAAUCAGCUGGAGCAUACGCAUAUAAACCCUCACCUAAUAAGACCACCGCUAGCACUGUUGACAUUAGAAUGAUUGACUUUGCACAUACAACCUGCAAAUUUUACGGGGAAGAUAGCAUUGUACAUGAAGGCCUGGACACUGGCUACAUUUUUGGACUUCAAAAUUUAAUAGCAAUUAUUAAAGAAAUAAGAGAUGAAAGCAGCGAAUAAAGGGUAUAAUGAUUGCAUCACAUGAAGCACUAUACAGACUGUUUAUAUUCCAGUAUGAUGACCACUUUGUGGGCAUAAAAAUCAUUACAGGAUCCGAGAAGGCCUAGCCCCAUCGGAGAGACUUGUUCUAAAAGAGGGCAUUUUCUUGCAGCUGUGCUGGAAGGAGCACUGAUUAAUAAUGUUAUUUAUUUGAAAUAUUUCUAAAACAUUCCAUAUUUGAUGAUUCAAAUACCUCUGUUACACCUGUGUGUUUGUGUUCCAAUAAAAUUCCUUAUUUUUUUCAUUUUAUUUUAUUUUUGUUCUAGUGGUGCGACCUAGCAUCCGUGGAAACUGAAUAAGCUAAUUUCCACAUAAUACUGUCUUUUGCUAAAAGGUUCUUUUUUUCCCCCCUUCAAACAACAAUGUUUUUGCACAUUGUCAAGGAUAUAAAAACUAAAUAAUAGUAAAAAGUACAGAAAAAUUAGCAUUCAUAUGUUACGUUCUACCGGACAGCUGUUUUAUGUUGGAUUGUAAAUCUGUUUUAAUUCAGUAUAAAUUUCCUUUUUCUUUAUUGGGCAAAGUCCCCGGUUACAAGAGCAGUUGAACAUUAUAAUAAUGGAUGAUAUAUGAUUUCAUGAAAAUGUGCCUUCUAUCAGCUAGAAAUCAUAAAAGCUAAAUGCUAGUUGGAUUAUCCAUUAAAACAAAUAGUGGUUUAAACUGGUUGUUCAAUUCUUACGAACUGUGGCUCAUCUGAUUUGCACAUUUUGUUUCUCUUAAGAUAUCAUUGCAAACCAAAUACAUCUAUUUUGUGAUACAAUGCGAUAUGGGAAAAUUGAAAAAAUAAGCAAAAACCUAAUUUGUUACACUAUUUAAGGGAUAUCUUAGUAAACGUCUGACUCGGCUAGAGUACAAAAAUGUGAAUACAGGCAGUCCUCGACUCAUUUGUGCUCCUAUUGUAGCCCAAUUAUUGAGUUAGAUCAUGGAAGAUUCAGACUUCCAUCAUUCCGUCUUCUUCCUAAUUCGUUCUGUGAACGAUGUAAUAACGUCAUUGAUCCUUAAAUAUUCAUAUUUAUUUGAUAAAGUGAGAAUUGCAGAAAUUUUACAUAUAAAUCACAAGUUGUACUUCAGCUUGACUAUAUUUGUCUAAAAUUAAUUGUCGAUUAUAUGUACUCUGCUUAGGAUAAUUUUCUAAAAUAAUCUGUUGGAUAUCAGCCACUUCUUCAAAAACUUUUCUUAAGUCAACCCAGUUUGAGGACUGCCUGCAUGCAUGCAUGCUUUUCAGGAGGAACAGUUUUCAAUUAUUUUUUUUUGGGUUGGUUUACUCUGACUAAUCUGUUCAAGGGUUUGAUGCUGUAUUUCAGGUCUUUUGCUGCAGAUGGCCAGUUAACCCCUUAAUGACCAUUAAUGGAAUAUUUCCAUCAUAAAAAUGUAGGGGUGUAUUCACUAAUAAGCGAGCUGACAGGGUUGGGAGGGGGAGAAUGUUAACUAGUUAUUCAUCUUUAAAGAUCCUAUGUCAAAAUGGAAUGUCCUCAUUUAGGGACACCAAUAUUACAUAGAGCUGCCGAUACUAAAUAAAGCAGGUUUUCCAUGCUGACAUCUUGUUUUGGAGGGCCAAAUUGUGAUGACAGCAUGAAAUGUCAUAGAUCCUUAAGGAGUUAACGAAGGCCCUCUCUCACUCUUUUGUAGAAAAGGCUGUGUUUAUACAAAUGCCAGAUAUAUUCUAGAUGUUUAUAUUGCACACCUGGGCUUCGUAAUAGAUGUUUAGCAGCAAUAUCCAGGAGUGCAUUUCUCACCAUCGAAAUAACUGGAAUUGCCGUAACUAUUUAAAUCACAAAUGCCAUAAAUGUACACCCUUAAGUUCGCAAUCGAUUUCUGCAACCCAUCCUUGCAUCCGGUUUAUGAACAGUGGAUAACUUUUGUGUUUAAUACAGUAGUAAAUAAAAACUCUUCAAUUAAAUAUAAUGGUUUGCUAAA